AGUAGAAGAAGAACGGGAGCCAGAGAUGCCGUGUUGACGCUACCCCUGUCAUGAUGUUAUUGAUCACUAUGUCUCUGUAGGACGAAAACAAAGCUCCAACACCCAUUCUCCUUCCAAACGGAGUCUUUAACAUGGAAGGCGAGGAAGAGAGGGGGGUGGUCCGAGUCAAAGUCAAGAAAUGCGAUGGAAUGCUUCCUGUGGAAUUUCGCUCCUUUGCUGUUGAUCCCCAGAUAACGUCACUGGAAGUUCUACAGCAUAUACUUAUCAGAGCUUUUGAUUUAAAUGGGAAGCGAAACUUCGGGAUCAGUUACUUGUCCAGGGAUCGGAGCGGAACUGAAAUGUAUAUGUCUCUCCUGUCUGACUGGGACCUGGAUGUUGCGUUUGUCAGUGCUGCUAAACCAUAUCUACAGCUUAAAAUGGACAUAAAACCUUCAGAAGACAGUCCUGUUAUGGAGGAUUGGGACAUCAUAAGCCCCAAAGACGUGAUUAGCUCUGAGCAACUUCUUGCAGAGAGAACUCGCUCCUUGGCAUCUGCAGCUCUUCCCUUCACCCAGUCUUUACUAUCUCAGGUGGGCCGGACUCUGUCCAGAGUCCAGCAGGCCUUCAGCUGGUCUUAUGGGGAGGAGAUCAAACCUUUCAAGCCCCCGUUGAGUGAUGCAGAGUUUCACAGUUACCUAAAUGGUCAAGGCCAGUUGACACGACCUGAAGACUUGAGGCUGCGGAUUUACCAUGGUGGCGUGGAGCCCUCACUUCGUAAGGUUGUGUGGAGAUACCUCCUCAAUGUAUACCCUGAUGGACUGAGUGGACAGGAAAGGAUGGACUACAUGAAAAGGAAGACAAGGGAGUACGAUCAGUUGAAGAGAGAAUGGACAGCGAGGGUCAGCAAUGAAGACCUUGAAUUUAUUCGUGGGAAUGUUCUCAAAGAUGUUCUGAGGACAGACCGAGCUCAUCCGUACUAUGCAGGUUCAGAGGACAGUCCACAUUUGACUGCCCUCACAGAUCUGCUCACUACUUUCGCCAUCACACAUCCACAGAUAUCAUACUGUCAAGGUAUGAGUGACAUCGCCUCCCCUAUACUUGCAGUAAUGGACAAUGAGGCCCAUGCCUUCAUUUGCUUUUGUGGCAUCAUGAAACGCUUGGAGGGGAACUUUCGGCCAGAUGGGCAGCUCAUGUCAAUUAAGUUUCAGCAUCUGAAGUUGCUUUUGCAGUACUCAGACCCUGAGUUUUAUUCAUACUUGGUGUCCCGAGGGGCAGAUGAUCUCUUCUUCUGCUAUCGCUGGCUGCUUCUGGAGCUAAAGCGAGAGUUUGCCUUCGAAGAUGCUCUAAGGAUGCUCGAAGUUACUUGGAGCUCCCUGCCUCCAGAUCCUCCUGAAACUGAAGUAGAGCUUUUGGGAGCACCGCUAGAGACAGAUGACACAAUGGCCUGCAUAGAGAAGAACAAGACGGUUGUACGGAGCCUAAGAGAUGAUAAGGAACAAGAAGAGAAGCAGCGCAAACGACACAUGCUGAGGCCUUCAAGAGAAGAACCAGAUGUCACCCAGAAUAAUGCUGUGGAGGGAAAAGACAGGCAGCACAUAGAGGGGAGUAAGGCAAGCAAGGGUGCUGAUAGUAAUAAGUAUGUGUUGACCGCAGAAAAAGAAAAUUUACUCAAUAUUCCCUUUGAGAGGAAAACUAGUUUUGGAGAGUUUAAAUACUAUACUGCUAGAAAUGAAGAUAGCUUUGAUAUGGAAGAUGCUGAACACCCACAGGGAAUAGAUUCAAAAUCCAACGUCCCAAGUCGCCAGUCUACAAUGGACAGUGAGGAGGACCCAGGAGAAAGAACACCCCUCAUUAAAAACUGUGAGAACGGCCUCUCUCCAGUUUCAUCGCCUCCUGCGUUUCCAAGUGUCCUACCAGUUUGGAAAAAUGGAUCUUCUGUCUUUCCUACAUUUGCAGCCUCGCCCUCUAACUGGCAAGGUAGUUCACCUGACUCACCACCAAAAUCCACAUCCCUAUCCACAGUUAAUGGAAAAGAGGCCUUACCAAGAACUGUCCCUCAAGUACUGACAUCCUCCGCUCACCUGCACAACAGUACAGGGGUCACCUUGCCCACCACCUCCACUGUAAAAACCUCUGUUGCUUCUCCCUCCCACUCUCGAUCCCUUCUUUCCUCACCCAUUUUAUCCUUUGGAAGAGGUCCCACACUCCCCAGCAGCAGAUCAUCCUCCAACAUUCUCCCUUCACCUGGCAACAAGUCCCCCAGCACCACAGUGAAUAUGUCCAGUUCUGUUAAACUGGAGAGCACCAGCAGUAAACCAUGUUCCUUGCCACCUCCUCAAGAGUUUGGCAAAGGAAAUCCUUUCAUGCUGUUCCUGUGCCUGUCCAUUCUGCUGGAACAUCGAGACCACAUCAUCAAGAACAGCUUGGAUUACAACGAGCUGGCCAUGCACUUUGAUCGCCUUGUGCGGCGCCAUAACCUUAGUAGAGUGCUCCAACGAGCCAAGGCGCUAUUUGCAGACUACCUUCAGAGUGAGGUGUGGGACUCAGAGGAAGGGGAUGAAGUUAGCUCAGACUCUCCAACAACUACUACUGCUGCUCCACUCUCCCCGUCUUCAACCAUCUCUGCCAGGCCCAUUUACAGCCCUUUGGCAUCCCCUCAGUCAUCAACUCAGAAUUCAACCUAUAACCUCUCAACCACAAUUCCCUCACCAACAGCUCAUGUUUCUUCUCCCACUUUCUGAUACCAUCUUAUAUCACUGGUAUCCCAUCUCAGUGGACCUUAUAGUAGACUGUUUUUGACCUGUUGUCUCCCACAUUGAAUAUUGGACCAGUAAUCUCAUUCUGUACAUGCUUGAAAACAUAUAUUCCUUAUGCCUGCAUUUAUCAUAAUGUUUUAUUUUCAUCAGCCUUUUCAAGUUAAGCUUUUUAUUUUCUGGACUGUAAGAAGGAAUCAAAGAACUUAUAUAUAGUAAUGAUGAUCCAAGACAAAGUGUGCACUCAUUUGAGUGCAUGGCAGUUUCUCUAAAUGUGCAUUUUAAUCCUUUCCUCCCAGAUUGCUAUUGCAUGACAUGUUAAACCUGGUGAACUGGGUGUUGAAUUGUCAGUUUGACAGAGCUUUGCUGGAGCCAUCGAAGGUUUAGUCAUUUAGUGUGUUUAGUCUGUGUUGGCCUUUUGAUUGACAUUGUUUACAAGUUUAUGUUAAUUUAUAUAAGUCACAGAAGUGUCUUGAGUAAAGCAAGUAAGUUACAUGAGUUCAAAUAUAAAGGGAAUCAUUCAUCUUAUUGGUUAAAACUAAGAUGCUCUUCACCGUGAAGCCUGUCAGAAGAUUUUAACAGAAAAUGGACUUGUUAGCCAAGCAAUCGGUAGUCAGUCACAAACAUUGUAAAGGCACUUUUUAGCUAGACCAAGCCACCAUAUAAGAAUGCAGCAGUCUGACUACAGGUUCAGCUGCGAUACCUGAAUGGAUCAGCUUUCCAUUCACUUAUGUUUCAGUCUAGUUCAGUAUGUUGUACCUGAAUGUCCAAUGGUCUGUGUUGUGAACUGAACUGUAUGCACCUCUGCUGCUAAUGUUUAAAUGAAACUUAUUACUUUAAACUGGGUUUAGCAUGCAGAUGUGUAGCUGCUAUCAGUUUGCAACAAACCAACAUGAAAACAAAGUAAAUAAAUAAAAACAUUGGUUAUUGGCCAAAACCUUACUUUAACUAGCCCAGAAUUUCAGAGUUGGUGCACCCCUACCAGCAAAUUAUUCAUCCUGGUCUGAACAAACCAUAUUUACUUACCUUGUCACACGUAACCUUUAAUGAUAUAUCACCGUUACAUUUAUGAAGGGCCACAAACUGCUUGUGAAGUUCUGUCUGAGGAGGUUGAUCACACCAGCAUUUUUCCACAUUAGAGCUGAUAAAAGUUUUAGUAUUUUAUACCUUUGUUAAAUAGUGAUGGCAGGAAACACAAGAGGGAAGAGCAGUGACAUCAAUAUAGGCCUUUUUGGUACCAGGAACAUUUCAGCUAUUUUAGGUGGUAAACUCUAAAGUUACAGGGAUAACCCAUCAGUUAAAUUCAAAAGACAUUUCUGAAUCUGUGAUUGAAAUUUUGUUAAAAGCUUUUGCAUAGUGUCCAAUUAUCGUAAACUUGCUUGACAUACAAUUGUUUGCCAAUGUGACCAAUUCCAAAAUGUCCUGUAAUAAUACAAUUAAAGGAACAGAAUCCAGAAGGGUACAGGUAGAGAAAGCUGCUAGUGGAGCUGUGUUUCACUAUCCAGUUUUACAUAACCGUUUGCUGGUGGAGGUUAAAGUUAUCGCAAAAAAUCUUCAGUUUGUAUUUUAUUUAAUAAACAUGUACAAAUGUGUCAUGUACAAAUUAAUCAGUCUGUUGGUUUGACUGGAGUCAUGACAGGAUGGAGUCACAUAAUUGUCAAAGUGAAGUGAGCCAAAAGUUGUUGUAACUUUCCACUUCCUCAUCUCUCAAAUGAUCUCAUUCCAACACAUUGUGAUCAAUGUCAGCUUUCACUACUCACAUUUCUUCUGCAUUGUCCCUUGUACUCGGGUCAUUAAUGGACUAGAGAAGAAUUCAUUUAUACAAUAUGACAUCCUUGCAUCAAAGUGGAUCACUGGCCAUGUCAUUUCUACUGAGGAACAUUCAUUUCCUCUUGUGUUAACUUCACCCGGAGUGGUGUUCCAGAUGUCUCUGCUGACAGAUUGAAAUUUUAAUUCAACUACAGGAGACUUUUCAGCUGCCUUUCUUCAGUCUGAGUCAUAUUGUUUCAGAACAUUAGUUUCACAAACCCAGUGACAUUUGUCUGUUUGCUGGUGACAUGCUGCAACUAUAUUCAUAGACUUUCAUUACCCUCAAAAGGCUAUGUGCAAUCAGCCACUGCAGUAAUGGUCUGUGAAAUGAAGUGGGUGUGUUCAUAAAUGUGCACACUGUGAGUAGAUCAAGUGCAGAACUGAACACUUGGGUCCCAUUUGCCCUGUUCAGUAAAUCUGGACCAUGGGCAUUAAACGGGCAGGAAUCACCCGAAGAGGCGAUGCUGCUGAAUUGUACAUGGAAAAUGUAGGAAAAUGUGUUUAAGGGAUUGACCCAUGCAUUGAAGAACCUGCUGUUUUUUUUAUUGUUACCAAAAGAGACAGAAAAUCAUCAACAGAGCUUUAAAUCAUGUUACUGAGCUACAUGAUUUAAUGCUUUGCACCAGUGUCUUUAGAUUGGAGGUUUCUCUUUCUGUUCCUUCGAAGUGCUGUUGCAUCUGGAGUUGGUGAAAUGGUUUUCUGACAUCUGCACAAAAAACUUGCAGUUCAUAUAUUUUACCAAUUACAGCGAUCAUUGAUACUGUUAAACAGUAAUAUUGCCAUUUUGAACCUGUUAGCAUUUUUGUUAGUUUUCAGAAAAGUCUUUCCAAAGGUUUAAAUCCUUGUCAGAGGGUUGUUUUGCGCCAUUGCUCUCUAAAGGCAAUUAUAUUUAUAAUGUGUUUUGUUUUGUUUUUUUCAGUGUAAUAAUUGGAAUUAAAGGAGAAAGGAGUACCUUCUCAAACAUACAACAUCAGACAUUGUCAGUUAGAUGAUAUAAGUAUUGAUCAGUUUUAGCACAUUUGAAGACUUCUGAUUCUUUUUUUUUUUUUUUUUUUUCAUUUCAUUAUUAUGAAACUGAGACAUGUUAUGGCAGUACUGGGAUCAGGGCAGAAUAUAUCUGUAUGUAUACCCAUUGUACAAUAGCAUCCUGUUGAUACACUGUAUGUGUUGAAUUCAAAUACAACAGUGGUAGAGUGAGUACUGUAUGAGAUGUAUUGCUUCAGUGGGUUUACUUAUUAUUUAAAAACGCUGGCUAUUGCUGUUUCCCAAAGCCUAUGUCUUUAUUCUGUUUUUCUUUUGCAAAAGUUUCAAAGAAACCAUGGAGAUGUAGAGCUCAAGUAGUUGUCUCUUUAGUACAACUGCAGGAGUCACAUAGUGGCAACGUUUAUACUUGCCUUGUAUGGUUGCUGACAGUAGUUUGAAGCCACAUGAAAUGGAAAUUGAAACUAAUUGUAGCUUAUAUGCAAAUUCUGGCAAAAAGUGCCUCUGAUAAAUUAUUGAUAUGUUCUUUUGUGCUCAAUGCUAUUCAGCAUUUUCUUUUGAAAGCAGAUUUGAAGCGACUGAUAGAUGGCACAUGACACUCUUGAUGUGUUGGAAAUCCUGACCUUUGUUGUAUGGUGUUGACCUCAGUGGAGGUCAAUUUCAGGCUUUUUUGGGGGGGCAUUAACUUUGAAUUCUACAUCCUGCAGAAGUUUGUGAAAGCUCAUUUGUGCCAAGAAAAAAGAUACUGUUAAAGGUAUGGAUGAUUAAAAUGAAUACUGAAAUUUCAACUUUUUAGCAAGAUUUUGGUAUGUAUACAUUACAUCUGUACUUGCUAUAAAACUUGCUAAAGCA